CAGUGACUAGUCUUCUUCACUUUCCCUCCCCUGCCUCUGGGUCUGUGUUGUGCUGAGAAACGCCCGAAAACAGACAACCAAAUGCCCGGUGAUUUCACCUGACAGUCGGGGGGGAUAGAGCAGGACAGAUAGGCACAAAGAAAUGCCGACAAAGAGUCACCCGUUAACCGACCGUUGAUCGACGGUUGAGAGCCGUUGAUGUGAAGAGCGGAAGUUUGUCCAUCAAAACACUGAAGAGGACCAAAUAUUUAUAAUUGACUGUGUUUUUCAGUGACUUUCUCUCAGUUUGGGAGCUUUAAUAACUCAAAAGGCACCUCGGGAAACAGGUGCUAUGAACAGCGAGCUGAACGUGCCGAUGGGCUCAGAUCGAGCCCCUGAUGGGGCGGGCAUGGACUACAGGGACUGGGUGAGGCGCAGCUACCUGGAGCUGGUGAGCUCCAACCAUCACUCUGUGCAGGCGCUCAGCUGGAGGAAGCUGUACCUGAGCCGGGCCAAACUCAAGGCCUCCAGCAGGACCUCGGCCCUGCUGUCCGGAUUCGCUAUGGUGGCGAUGGUGGAGGUGCAGCUGGAGAUGCAGUACAACUACCACCCUGCGCUCCUCAUAGCCUUCAGCGUGUGCACCACGGUGCUGGUGGCGGUGCAUCUGUUCGCCCUGCUCAUCAGCACCUGCAUCCUGCCCAACGUGGAGGCCGUCAGCAACAUCCACAACCUGAACUCCGUCAGCGAGUCUCCGCACGAGCGCAUGCACCUCUACAUCGAGCUGGCCUGGGGCUUCUCCACCGCGCUGGGCAUCCUGCUGUUCCUCGCCGAGGUGGUGCUCCUCUGCUGGAUCAAAUUCCUGCCCGUAGACUCGUGCCUUCCCAAAAAGACCUGCAACACAGAGAGCUCCACCUCCACAGCUUCCCCCGCCCCCCCCACUGCUUCGAACACCGGCUUUCAGGCGGCGCUGGCCUCCACCAUCAUCAUGGUGCCGGUGGGCGUGAUCUUCGUCGUCUUCACCAUUCACUUCUACCGCUCGCUGGUGCGCCACAAGACGGACCGACACCACGAGGAGAUCGAGGAGCUGCACAAGAUCAAGGUGCAGCUGGACGGGCACGAGAGAGGUCUGCAGACGGUGUGACGGGCGCCAUGUUUACCUCUGAGCCAAGGGAAUGAGUCCUCAAACCCUGAGAGUCAGCAUUUUAGCACUUCCUGUUCCCUCUUCUGGAAGUCAAUGGGUUUUUUUUAUGUGUUUUUGGUAAGGAAAUAAGGUCAGAUUUUCACGUUUUGGUCUUCUACAUAAAAUAUGUCAGUAAAUACCUCACUGGUGAAUUUAAACACAGCGGUUGCUAAAAAGUGUCUAAAUGAGGCGACUUAACGCCAUCACGCCCAACAUUAGCCGCCUUUAGCUUAGCGCUGGUGACGUGAAGUCAUGUGACCGUGCUGUAGUUCCUGUAUAGCCCAACGUUAGCUUUUCACUUCAGAAAUCAUGAAUUGGUGUUAAUAUGUGGAGAUUAUUCUGCUGAACUAAAAGUGGAAGUAUCAUAAAUGUUUGCCACAGAUCUUAUUUUGCGCAAUAAUCCAAAUGUAAAAUCCCAUUGACUUUUUGUGAAAGGAACCAGGGAGAUGCUACCUUCAGGGACGGCCUAAAAAAUACGUCAUCCCUUUAAAGCUCCUCACUCUGCAGCACAAUUCAUGUCUUACUGCUAAUUUAUUCUUCCUGUCAGUCGUCUUGUAGAGUUUGCUGUAGGACCUCGUCUGUGUUUCAUGUGUCGGUGAAGUUAAUGUUAAGGUUUACAGAAAAAAGGGCUACUGUGUGCCAUAUGUGUGCAAUGUCUGUUUUUAUUGUUGUGUUUGGUGUCGACUGGAAUCAGUUCCCCGUCAAAUCAAAUGUAACAAUAUCAAUAUUGCGACAAUAUUUUAGGGAUAAAAAUGUAUGCUUUCACUAUAUUAUGAUAACAAAUCUUCAGUAAUGUGGAUUUAUGAUUAUGUCGAUAAAGACCAAUAAGUAAAACAGUCUGAUACAUUCAGAAGUGUUUCUAUUUUACUGUAAGGCAGCACUUCAAACCAGAAAAAGACACUUUUUAUUGAUUAAAUAUCGAUGUAUUGCCUGAACUUAGUUUUAGUUUUGUAAAAUACCCGGACUUAGGGUAUCACAUGUCCUAUAAAAUCUCCUCACACUUUACUAUCAAAGACCUGCCAUCACCAGAUUCAAAGUUAAAUGCCAUACAUAACUUUACUUUAGGUCAAAAUAUAUCUUAAAGACUGUGAUCUCUUCACUCUAGUUUCUCAGUUAUAUUCCAUGCCAAUGUUAAAUGGAUUUAUCAGGAGAUUAAAGAAACAUAUGGAUUUAUUAAUCUCAUUAAAAACUGGAUUCAGAUUUGAUCAAAGUUCUCAAACACCAACUCUGUUUACACUUUUAAAUAAACCUGAGCUUUUUAACUGUAAAGUCAAGCCUUACACUGCAGGAUCUUAAUGUGUGUCUCAAUGUAACGUCUUACAAAUAUGUUGCAUUUCUUGUAAAACUGUCAGGAGGUUAGCAUUACUCUGUUUCUAUGUCCAAAAUCUCCAAAAAGCCUCAACUGUUUUGUCAUUUUCCUCCUUCAAAAAGCUUGUUAUUGUCUUUUACAAAGACUUCUGCAAACUGCUGCUUAAAUGUGAAAAAUAUGAAUGUGUGUUACUGUCAGGAUAUAGUUCUGCCUUAAAGAAAUAUUGCCUUUUAUGAGCUGCUGUUCUGCAAAAGGUCAUGAUGACACGAGAUGAUGUUUCUGCGGGGAAUGUGGUGUCAAAUGUUACAGAGUCCAUGUCGGCACGAUCUCCACUUUUUAUAUCAAACAUCAGAAAGACACGACAAACAGAAAUGGUUACUGCGUAGAAGAAAAAAACCUAUCACAUUCCAAAUAAGAUGCCUGACCAAAGUGUUUCCUGUUUGAGAUGAAGUGCACUUGUAGUUAUGUUGAGGGUUUUAUCAGAGAACAUGUUGCUUUGUAUCUCAGCUUCUGGAUGAAUCCUGCAGGCCACUGAGUACCUGCAACACCCUUUCAAAAAUAAAAUACAUAUAUUAAAGUUC